GGGCUGUUCCUCGCGAUGAGCUCGUCGCUGGCCAUCGGCGCGAGCUUCAUCGUCAAGAAGAAGGGGCUGAAGCUGGCGGGCGGCGCCCCGGGCGGGGUGCGCGCGGGGAGCGGCGGGUACGGCUACCUGCGCCAGCCCCUCUGGUGGGCGGGCAUGCUCACGAUGAUCGUCGGCGAGGUUGCCAAUUUCGCCGCGUACGCGUUCGCGCCAGCCGUCCUGGUCACCCCGCUCGGCGCGCUGUCCAUCAUCGUCUCCGCGGUCCUCGCGCACCACCUGCUCGCCGAGAAGCUGCACGCGUUCGGGUGGCUCGGGUGCCUCCUCUGCAUCGUCGGGAGCGUGGAGAUCGUGCUGAACGCGCCGGAGGAGAAGGAGAUCACCGGCGUCAAGCAACUCUUCGCCAUGGCCGCCAGGCCCGGGUUCGUGGCGUACGCGGGCGCCACGGUGGGAUUCGCAGCCUACCUCGCCACGCGCGUGUACCCCACGCACGGCUCCAGCAACAUCCUGGUGCCCAUCGGCAUAUGCUCGCUCGUGGGGUCCCUGAGCGUCAUGUCGUGCAAAGCGCUCGGCACGGCGCUGAAGCUCACGUUCCAGGGUCGGAACCAGCUCCUGGAGGCGGAGACGUGGAUGUGCGCGGCGAUCGUGGGCGCGUGCGUGGUGACGCAGAUGAACUACCUCAACAAAGCCCUGGACGUCUUCAACACCGCGGUGGUGACGCCCAUAUACUACGUGAUGUUCACCACGCUGACGCUCACCGCGUCGUCCAUCAUGUUUCGCGAUUACCUCGACCAGGGCGCCAAGGAGGUGGCGGGUCAGAUUUGCGGGUUCGUGACGAUCCUCGCGGGGGUGUUCACGCUGCACGUGACCAAGGACCACGGCGAGGGAACCAGCGGCUGGGGC